AUGUCAUUUUUCUAAGACUUUAACAAAGUGAAAGUAAAAUUACACUAAAUUUAGAAAUAAUAAGAUAUUUUAGAGCUUUAAGAUUUGCAUAAAAAAGAUGGAGAGGCUUAAGUCAAUAAAUUAACUUAGAUGGCACAAGCAAGAAUACGAAAUUUUGAAAAGGUUUAUCAUUAUUUAAAUGAAGAAGUAUUAUAUAUGAUUUUAACAAGAUUAUUCAUAGUAGAUCUUCAAAAGGAAUGGAUGAUAUGUAUAUGAUUGAAAAGAUUAUUAUUUAGACCAUUAUUAGUAAAAGAAGCAAAAAAUGAUUUAGAUGAAAUGCUAAAAAUAAUAUAAGAGAUGCAAUCUAUUCAAUUAUUUAGAAAGACAGAGAAUGUAAAUAAUAUUUAUAAUUGAAAUAUAGUCACAAAGAUAACAAACUGUAUAGAAAUUGAUUCAGGUAUUCUAAGAUUCAAAUGAAAAAUUAAAAAAAUUAACAGAUUAGUUAUUAUCAAGAUAGUAAACAAGUUUAUAAUCAGCAAAACAAUCAAUUAAAGAUCAUCAUAGUGAUACUUAAAUAGAUGUAUAAUUAUUAGAUGAAAUAUAAUAUGAUGAAGAAUUUAUAUAAAGAAGGAAUAAAUAGAUAAAUGAAAUGGGAUAGUAUUAUUAUAAAAUAUGAUAGAGUAAUAUACUAACUAAAUUAAAUGAUGACAGAUGGAGCAAGAAUGAUAUAAGAACAAGGAUUAAAAAUAGAUAUUAUAAGUUCAAAUGUUAGAAGUGCCAGAGAAAAAGUGGAAGGAGCAGUUACAGAAGUGAAAAAGGCAUCAUAAGUUUAAUAAGGAAAUAAUGGAAGAAUGUAAUAUUUUAAUAUGAAUUAAGACUCUUUUUUUGUGGCAUUAUAACUUUGAUAGUUGUGAUAAUAGUAUUAUUGUAUAGUGCUGGUUCUAGACCUCAUCCAGAUCCUAAUGCUUAAUAACCAUAAACAUAAAAUUGAUA